GUUUUUAUUCUCCACUUCCAUGAAAUAAGAAACGGACAUCAUAUUUAUGCAAAAAUACAGUCGUUAAUACCGUAGCAGCAUAAUGUCACAUCUUAACCCUAUGCCAGGGCUUGGACAGUUUGGGAUGUCACAAGAAGCAAGGAAGAGUCAGCCAGAUCUGUCGUCUCCAGGUGGUGGUGGUGGAGGUGGGGACAAGACUAAAAGUAGGAUGGGUUUUUAUAAAGAUAGUGAUUUAUCGGAUCAAAGCGUGUUUUUCAAUCCGUCAAUAUUUCCACCACAUAGACCAGACAAGGAUCUUGGGUCACAGUCAUUAUCUCAGUUUGGUGCCAGUCUAUAUGGGCAACAAAGCAAAGAUUUUCAGAUGUUUCAUCAUGAUCAGGGUAGUAUAGGAAUGCAGAAUGUUCCUAGGGGAAUGCCAAAUCCCACACAGCAGUUCCCUGGCAGAACAGUUACAAGUCACCAUGGUAAUAUACCUGGGCAUGUGACACCAACUAGUACUGGGGUGCCAACCAUGCCAUCAGGUCUUCAACAGCAUGCGCCAUCGUCACCGAAUAGGGGAAUACUUUCUGUUGGUCCUACUAUUGGUCCUCGCAGUGGUUUAUUUAACCAGAUGCCAAGCAGUAAUCAAGGCAUUACGAUACCAAACAGAGGCAAUGCCAUGCCAUCAGGUCUAGCAAGUCCAAACAGACAGUCACCAAGUAUACUAGCAAUGCAACAAAAACAACAGCAACAGCAACAGAGGCUAGGACUCGGCACAAUUGGUAGCAAUCCGCCUACCAGUAUAGCUGGUUUCAAUAUUACAAGAGGUGCUAGUGCUUUCUCCAAUCAGAAUGUUAUAAGCAGUGCCAGCCAAGCUGUUUUGAACAAUUCAUUUACAAGUACGGUGUCUGAUUCAGCUCCGACUUUGGAUCUGAACGACUUUCCAGCUCUGAAUAAUAGAGGGCGCCGUGGUAGCGAUGGCAGCGGUAGUAAUAUGCCAGUCAACCCUAUUACUAUGAGUAAUAUGAGUACAAUGGCUAGUAGGACUGCCUAUGGGAGCCAAGAAGCCGACUGGACACGCAGCAUGGGAGUUAGGGAGUCCAUUACCCCAGUUGGGAUGGUAAAUAAACAGGCGGACCCUCCGCAGGAGUUUCAGAUUCAAAAUGAAGACUUCCCUGCACUACCUGGAUCAAACAACGCUAACAGUUUAAAAGCAAGUUCCU